UCACAGAGCUCAGCAACCAGUUGUGCUGUGGCAUCAUCAGGGAUACUGUUCCUGACAGCUUGUAUUCCAUCUGUGUGUGGGGUGUUUGUGUAGAGAGCCUCUACAUUCAUGGUGGCUAGGAUAGUGUUUUCUGGAAGAUCACUAAUGCAUUGUAGUUUUCUCAGGAAAUCAGUGAUGUCACGGAGAUAGCUGGGAGUGCUGGUCGUGUAGGGUCUGAGUAGAGAGUCCACAUAUCCGGACAAUCCUUCAGUGAGAGUGCCAAUGCCUGAGAUGAUGGGGCGUCCAGGAUUUCCGGGUUUGUGGAUCUUGGGUAGUAGAUAGAAUAACCCCAGUUGGGGCUCUAAGGGUACGUUGAUUUGUUCCUGUGUUAGUGUAGGGAGUGUUCUGAGUAGAUGAUGCAGUUUCUUGUGUAUUCCUCAGUGGGAUCUGAGGAAAAUGGCCUGUAGAAUUUGGUAUUGGAGAGUUGUCUGACAGCCUCCUUUUGGUAGUCAGACCUGUUCAUAAUGACAACAGCACCUCCUUUAUCAGCCUCUUUGAUUAUAAUAUCAGAGUUGUUUCUGAGGCUGUGGAUGGCAUUGCGUUCUGCACAACUUUGGUUAUGAGGCAAGCGAUGUUGUUUUUCCACUAUUUCUGCCUGUGCACAUCAGCAGAAGCAUUCUAUGUAUAGGUCCAGACUGUAGUUUUGACCCUCAGGAGGAGUCCAUGUGGCGUUCUUCUUGUGCUGUUGCUGGGAGAGUAUCUGUGUAUCAGUGCACUGUUCAGUGUUAUCUUGAAAGUAUUCUUUGAGUCGGAGAUGGCGAAAGUAGGCUUCCAGAUCACCGCAGAACUGUAUCAUGUUUGUGAGGGUGGUGGGGCAAAAAGAGAGUCCCCAAGAUAGGACAGACUCUUCUGCCGGGCUGAGUGUGUAGCUGGAUAGAUUGACGAUAUUGCUGGGUGAGUUGGGGUACCACUGUUGUGGCCCCAUGUGGCAGGUAGGAUUUUAGACAGCUCACAGUCCUUUUUCCUUUGUAGAGAGGUGAAGUGUGUAAUGUAGAUCUCCUAUCUUAUUUUAGUAAAGUCUGUUUGUAUGGAAGGUUGGUUAUUUAUGAGAGUCUCCAGGUGGGAGAGCUCUUUUUUGAUGUUUUCCUGUUUGCUGUCUUUGUCUGUAUUUGCUGUUUGUCUGUAUUUUGUGUCAUGCACACACAAAGCACACUGUGUCAGAUCUUAAUUAAAAUAAUAAUGCAUCCAGACCAUUGUAAAAAUGUCCUGUCCUUGUGCACUUCCUCUACUCUGCUGGAGAUUCUAAUAGAUUUUAUUGGAAGGAAGUUUAUCUUGAUAGUCAGCCAGAAAGUUUCUAUUUGAAUUCAUCCCAUUAUUACUCUUAUUACUCUUAGGUCUUAUGUUCUUUGUAGUACUUGAAAUAAUUCCUCUCCCUUCCUGUCACUUAUACCAUUCAAGUAUUUGUAGAUUAUUGUCAUGUCCUCCCUUUGUCCCUGAUUGUGCAAUUGUCAGUAGGGUGCCAUGUGGAUAUAGAAGUCUACUCUAUAUACAUCUCAUUGGAGAAUUUGGGACCUCAGACUGUGACACACAACCAGGAAAAAAAAAAGCAGUGACUUGGUGAUUUGAUAUGGUAUGAUAGAGUGAAAUAAUUUUACCUUUCUCAGAUUCCUUAUGUGCAACAGGGCUAUAUUGAAAAAAUCCCAAAUUAGCACUAGUAGGACCAUUUUAGAAUAUUAACACCAAAUAAUUGUUACAACCUUAUUUACUUUUCAAUAUUUUUAUUUUUUGGUUAGUUUUUGCAUUUUACUUGGUUUCCACUAUGAAAAUAGACUACUCAAUUUUAUUUAAAGUUAUUUCCUAGUUAGUUUCACUUUCAGGUUCUCAUAUAGAAUAAAUCUUCAGCAUUGCAGUUGCAAAUGUUGGCCCCAAUCCUGCAAACAUUUAAACACAUGCUUAACUUUACUAUUACAGUAAAAUAUCAGAGUUACAAACACCUCUGGAAUGGAAGCUGUUCGUAAUCCUGAAGAAAACAUUAUGGUUGUUCUUUCAACAGUUUACAACUGAACAUUGAAACAGCUUUGAAAUUUUAUUUGCAGAAGAAAAUGCAGCUUUUAGCCAUAUUAAUUUAAAUGAAACAAGCACAGGAUCAGUUUCCUUCCCUUUUCAAAACAUUUUUUAACUUAAGUUUAACACAGUACUGUACUCUAUUUGCUUUUUUGUGGUUGUUUUCUGUGCUGCUGCCUGAUUGUGUACUUCCGGUUCCAAAUGAGGUGUGUAGUUGACUGCUCAGUUCGUAACUCUGGUGUUUGUAACUCUGAGGUUCUCCUGUAUGAGUAAUCCCAUUAACCUCAAUGGACCUACUCAUGGUAGUAAAGUUAAGCACAUGCACAUAGACAUUUACAAGAUCAGAGCUGUGAGCAGUUUUAUUAAUUUUAGUGGGACUAUUAAUUUAAGCAAAAUGAAGCAUGCACCCAAGUGUUAGCAGGUUUGGGACCAUUGUAAGGUAAUGUUGAAACCCAAACACAAAACUAUUUUUAUUUUUAAUCCCAUUAAAGCAAUUUUGUAAAUACCAGCUUUUGUCAACAUUUUUUAUUUUAAUAAUUUUUGCUGUACCUAAAUUCAGGGCCUAACCUACCAACCAAUAGCCUCUUAACCAAUGGCAAAAAAAUAACUAAAGAGGAAAAUAUGUACGUAAAAAAAGAAAAUUCCCUUGCUGCUCCUUCCAUGAGCUCAGCAAUGCAGUACAGGGCCCUGGGGAAGCUGAUUACACACAGAGAGAGCUAGAGAGGGGUGACAACUUUUGCUCUGAAUGUGAGUCUCCCAGUAGUUGGAGUUUUUUCUUAAAGCCCCAGCUCCAGGAGUCAUGGGAUCCCAUGGCGCUCACGGCCUGAGCGCUCCCUGCUACGAGCGGCCAGGCGCCUCGACCGCACAGGCUGCGCGAACGCUUCUCCCAGCCCGGCCUUGGGAGGUCGGGACUACAUCUCCCAGCAGCCCUUGCGCUGCCGCCGGGGGCGUGCGCAGUCGCGUCUCUAACACGGCUCGCCUCGGCUGCGUCGCGCGGGGCGGCCAAAGAUGGCGGCGCGCUGGAGCAGCGAGAAUGUGGUGGUGGAGUUCCGGGACUCGCAGGCAACUGCUAUGUCAGUGGAUUGUCUUGGACAGCAUGCGGUGCUCUCAGGCCGCCGUUUCCUCUACCUAGUUAACCUGGACAUGCCAACUGAAGGUCACCGCAAGAUCUCCCGUCAGAGCAAAUGGGACAUUGGGGCUGUACAAUGGAAUCCACAUGACAGCUAUGCACACUACUUUGCAGCUUCGAGCAACCAGCGAGUUGACCUGUAUAAAUGGAAAGAUGGUAAUGGGGAAGUUGGCACGUCACUGCAAGGGCACACGCGUGUGAUCAGUGAUUUAGACUGGGCGGUGUUUGAGCCAGAUCUGCUGGUUACCAGUUCUGUUGAUACGUACAUCUAUGUUUGGGAUAUCAAGGACACGAGGAAACCUACAGUCUCGCUCUCUGCAGUUGCUGGAGCCUCCCAAGUUAAAUGGAACAAGAAAAACGCCAGCUGUUUAGCAACCAGCCAUGAUGGGGAUGUCCGUAUCUGGGACAAGCGGAAACCCAGCACUGCAGUGGAGUACUUGGCAGCUCAUCUCUCUAAAAUCCAUGGCCUGGACUGGCAUCCGGACAAUGAGUACAUCCUGGCCACUUCCAGCCAGGACAACUCUGUCAGGUUCUGGGAUUACCGUCAGCCUCGGAAAUAUCUCAAUAUCCUCCCCUGCCAGGUUCCAGUCUGGAAGGCGAGAUACACGCCUUUCAGCAACGGCCUAGUGACUGUGAUGGUUCCCCAGCUGCGGCGAGAGAACAGCCUCCUCCUUUGGAACACUUUUGACCUGAACACACCAGUUCACACCUUCGUGGGACAUGACGAUGUGGUGCUGGAGUUCCAGUGGAGAAAGCAGAAAGAAGGCUCCAAGGACUACCAGCUGGUCACGUGGUCUCGUGACCAGACGCUGCGGUUGUGGCGGGUUGACUCCCAGCUGCAGAGGCUAUGCGCUAAUGAUAUCUUGGAAGGGGUUGACGAACUCAUUGAUGGGAUUGCCCUCCUGCCUGAGCCAGAUAAGACCCUCCUCGCCCAGGACUCUGAACCCCAGCAUAGCUCCGGGCAUGCAGACGAGGAAGCUUUAAAGGAAGAUUUCCAGAACGACCUCCUGGUGGGAAGAAAAUCGGACCAGCUGGGGCUGCCGCAGACACUGCAGCAGGAGUUUUCCCUGAUCAACGUGCAGAUCCGUAACGUCAAUGUGGAGAUGGACGCGGUGAAUCGCAGCUGCACAGUGUCUGUGCACUGUGGGAACCAGAGAGUCAAGAUGCGGGUGAUGUUCCCUGUGCAAUAUCCCAAUAAUGCUGCACCCUCCUUCCAGUUUGCCCCCACUACCACUAUCAGCUCCACAAUGAAGGCAAAGCUGCUGAAGAUUUUGAACGACACUUCCCUGCAGAAGGUGAAGCGGAACCAGAGCUGCCUGGAGCCUUGCCUGCGUCAGCUGGUCUCCUACCUGGAGUCUGUUGUGAACCAGGAGGACAGCACCUCUAGCAACCCCUAUGCUCUGACGAACACCGUAACACCACCAUUGCCCACCUUCGCCCGGGUCUCUAACGCCUACGGCUCCUACCAGGAUUCCAACAUCCCAUUUCCACGGACCUCUGGAGCCAGGUUCUGUGGUGCAGGUUACCUGGUAUAUUUUACAAGACCCAUGACAAUGCACCGUGCAGUCUCUCCUACAGAACCUACUCCCAGAUCUCUGUCAGCUUUAUCAGCCUAUCAUAGUGGCCUGAUCACGCCGAUGAAGAUCCGUACGGAAACCCCAGGCAAUCUGCGCUUGUACAGCGGGAGUCCCACCCGCAGUGAGAAGGAGCAGGUCUCCAUCAGCUCCUUCUACUACAAGGAGAGGAAAUCAAGGAGAUGGAAAAGCAAGCGUGAGGGGACAGAUGCCAACAACCGACCUAUUAAAGCUGCUGGCAAAGUCAUCAUACAGGAUAUCUCUUGCCUGCUUCCUGUGCACAAAUCGCUAGGGGAGCAGUACAUACUGAACGUCAGUAACAUUCAGGAGACCUGCCAGAAGAAUGCUUCCUCAGCCCUGGCAGUUGGACGUAGGGAUCUCGUCCAGGUCUGGUCACUGGCUACGGUAGCCACAGAUCUCUGUCUUGGACCAAAGUCUGACCCGGAUUUGGAGACACCCUGGGCUCAACAUCCAUUUGGACGUCAGCUCCUGGAGUCCUUGCUGGCUCACUACUGUCAGCUCCAUGACGUGCAGACCCUGGCCAUGCUCUGCAGUGUGUUUGAGGCCCAGUCCAGGUUGCAGGGAUGCGUGAGUUCCUCUGGACCCUUCCCUCAGCGCUCCUCCAACGUGCUCUCCCACAGCCGAUAUCCCAGCUUUACAUCUUCGGGCUCCUGUUCCAGCAUGUCAGAUCCUGGACUCAACACUGGAGGCUGGAACAUAGCAAGCAAAGAGACAGAGCACACAUUCACCGCCUGGUGCGAGUCUUCGCCUGACGACCUCCGCUACGGAAACCUGACGUAUGCUGACCACCGGGAGCGCGAGAGAGAUCAACAUGACAAGAACAAAAGGCUCCUGGACCCUGCCAACACUCAGCAGUUUGAUGACUUCAAGAAAUGCUACGGGGAAAUCCUUUAUCGCUGGGGUCUACGAGAGAAACGGGCUGAGGUUCUGAAGUUCGUCUCCUGUCCUCCCGACCCGCACAAGGGAAUUGAGUUCGGGGUGUACUGCAGUCACUGCCGCAGCGAGGUGCGGGGCACCCAAUGUGCCAUCUGCAAGGGCUUCACUUUCCAGUGUGCCAUCUGCCACGUGGCAGUGCGAGGCUCCUCCAAUUUCUGUCUGACUUGCGGACAUGGAGGACACACCAGUCACAUGAUGGAGUGGUUUCGCACCCAGGAAGUAUGCCCCACUGGCUGCGGGUGCCACUGCCUGCUCGAGAGCACGUUCUGAGCACAGUCAGUGAGAGCAGAGAGCAUCCCAGAACUGGAUCUAAUACUUAUUCCUAAACCAUGGUCAGUCAGCUUCUCUCCACAGAAUCUACAGAAGAUGCCUAUGGGGGCUGAAGCAGGGUUUCCUUGCUGUGCAUUGCACUGUUAUUACCAAAUGCUUCCAGUCUUCCAACAUCUUCCCAGGUGGCUCUAACUAGAAGUGGCCAAACUCCCUGUGCCAUUGUUAGUAAUGGAUGCCGUUCUGGGAAAAUCAGGCUCUGCCAUAAAGGAUACAUGACUGGUGGUUCGUCUCCCUGGGGCCGAAGGGAAUGUGUGAAAGUUCCUUUGGAGUGUCUUUCCAAGGGCCUCCUGCGGGGAAGAAAUUGGACAAGAGAUCAAGUCACCUGACAAAGACAAUCCUCUUAGCUAAGUUAAGGUGAAACUCGUUUCCAGACAGGAGAGAAGUUCCAAGCUUAACUCAGUCUUCAAAGAGCAAAUAGACAAUGGGACUCUGAGCUAAGACAUUUCGAUACCAAGGAGUCAGGGGAGAUUUUUAAAAUGUUUUUUCUGAACUGCCAUGUCUUGGCCUAAUAAAAUUCUGUUAAUCCCAUGAAA